AUUUUUUGGGGAGUGGGUGAGAUAUGUCUGUAAAAGGUUUCCGGUAUAUAUAUGUAAUGAAUCACUUCAAUAACUUGAUAUUACGAGACCUACGAAGUUCCCGUGCAUAAUAGAAUUCGUCAAAACGGUAAAUAAUGGCAUGUAAAUCGGAAUAUGCACGUAAACAUAUCAAUUUUCGGUUCAUAUCUCUUUGUGAACAUUAAUAUUUCGGCUGUGUACAUAAGUGGACCAAGGACAAAACUUUGCAAAUCAUAAAUAAGGAAUAAUUGUAGUUUUUUUUUAAAGAAUGCAUAUCAUUUGAAUUAAAUAUUUACAAUUCAUUUCAAAAGCCAUUGGAAGUUGAGUACAUUAAACAAGCCAAGUGUGAACAACAACUGGAGCCGUACAAGAUUUUCGGAGGCUUGUCCUUUGUUUCAAGAUCGUAAUCGGCUUAGAAGGUAGCGUUAGCUUAUGAAUGACCUUUAUAGAAGCUACUAUUCAAAUAAACCGGCUAUUGGCUAUUUUCAAUGGAGGCACACUGAUUGCGAACGUUUAUAUUGCCUUUUUAGACGGUUUUGAUGUGUUGUUUACUAGUGGACUAAUAUUCGGACUGGUUUGAAGUUUUUUUGUAUUCGUGCGCUUCUUGCAUUACUUUUGGAUUGCCCUGUCUGGAAGUGGUUGUUAAAAAUACCAGUGGAAUUUGAAAUCACUGAAAUGGCUGAGGGGGACAGACAUAGCAGAGAACCCCAUAAUUAUCAAUCAUAUUUGCAGUUGGACAAGGUGCUCGGCUCUCAGGCGAUGCAGAGUGAGCUCGCCGGACAUCCGGUUCACGACGAGCACCUGUUCAUCAUCACACAUCAAGCAUAUGAGUUAUGGUUCAAGCAGAUGCUCUUCGACAUAGACUCCGUUCGCGGCCUGUUCAUGCACCCAUCCAAGAGGUUAGACGAGAGUAAGACUCUACAGAUCAUCAACCGUCUCAACCGCGUCACGCUUAUACUCAAGCUUCUCACGGACCAGUUCCAGAUUCUGGAGACGAUGACGCCGCUGGAUUUCCUCGAGUUCAGGAAGUAUUUGGAUACUGCUUCCGGUUUUCAGAGCCUUCAGUUCCGUAUAUUGGAAAACAAACUGGGUCUUAAAGAGGAGAACCGCAUUAAAUACAACCAGCAGCACUACAAGAAAGCGUUCAGCGACCCAGCCUCCAUGGCGGCCCUCGAUGCGUCCAUUAGCGAGCCGUCGCUCUUCAAAGUUGUCGAGGCGUGGCUGGAACGGACCCCCGGCAUCGAGAGCUCGGACUUCAACUUCUGGGAGCAGUACCAGAUCUCAGCUCACAGAUGGAUCGAGGACUGCUACCUCAAACCAGCGCAGGCAUCACGCGACGCUGCUCAAAGAGAGGCGCGGAUGUCGGAGUACCAAAAGCAAAUCGACACGUUUCGGUCCAUCUUCGAAACAGAGCAACACAAUGUGCUCGUAGAAAGAGGUGACCGGCGGUUCAGCCACCGCGCGUCACAGGGGGCGCUGAUGAUCUCCCUGUACCGGGACGAGCCUCGCUUCCACCAGCCCUUCCACAUCCUCACCGUCCUCACAGACAUCGACGCGCUCAUGACAAAAUGGAGAUCGAACCACGUAUCGAUGGUACAGCGCAUGAUCGGAGCCAAAGUGGGAACCGGCGGAUCAUCCGGAUAUCAGUAUCUCCGCUCAACCAUUAGUGACAGGUAUAAAGUGUUUCUGGACUUGUUCAAUCUGUCCGCUUUCCUGAUACCACGUGACUAUAUACCCCCUCUGACAUCAUCGAUGAAAAGGACGCUGAGCGUGCUCUCCGUUGAGACGAACGGCCUCGAUGGCGAAAAAGUAGACGACAACCAAGGUGCCACAGGAAGUGCUUGUAGCGCAAACCGCGAUCUGCAGGGCGCUUCCGGAAAUGCUCCCGAGGACAAUGUUUUGGCUGCAGCAUGCAAAGAAGUUGCGGACAUGUCUUUUUCGUUCCAUUGACCGGCUGAAUGAUUCCCGUUGAUUCGGGACAAAAAGUGAAAACAAUAGACGUACAGUUUUAUGUGGAAACAUACUCUACGCUAUGUAAAUAAUACAAAGUUGUUUUUGCAUUUUCUCGUGUGGUGUUAUGAUACUGGAUUUUUUAACAAUAUUCUCUCUUUUUAUUAUGGAUUAGAUUUGAAUAUGAACAGAAUAAAGCAUGGCUUGUUUUGCUAUACAUAAUACAGUAAAAAUAAAUGUGUAUAGAUCUACAUAUACUAUAUGGUAACAUAUGAGUUAAAGCUUUAUUUAAUGUGAUAUUUUGUUAUGUUUUUUUUACAUGUUAGCUAUAUACAUGUAGUAUACAUUAAUCACCUAUUUUUUCGCUUAAAUGGCGUGUUCUCAUGUUAA